UCGAUUGAUCUGUCGGGCGGGGUGUGAAACGUUCCUCAGGCGGGGCCUAGCAUGUGGACUGGCGGAGGGAGCACCACUACAUGGGGGCAAAGACGGAGCCUGGGAGGUGAUUAGUAGCUUCACGUAGCCUGGUUUGGAAAAAGGUUGUUCCUUAUCGAACCAAUGGAAGUGAGUGCCUGGAUGGCUGGCUCCAAUGGCCCUACCGAGAUGUGCGGGGUGAUUCCAGAGAUUAACGGUGGGUACACGAGCGGCAAGUCGGGAUGGGGUAUUCUAGGCAAGAAGGUGAGGGCGACCCCCCACUGGAGUCUGGGUACCGUGCUCGCGACGGAGGACUGGCGCCGGAAAAACGGGAUGGCGCGAUGGUUGUCACCUCCUGUCUACUCUAGUGGCCCGGAAAUGCCUAUAGACGUAAGGGAUGGGGUGUCUGUUGUUCUCCCGGAAGAAGGGACGUGGACCGACCUGGAGCCAGCUUAUGAAACUGUGAUGCUGGACGAGAAGGACGCGUUCCUCUGGAAGGAGACAACCUGGACUGAUGUCAGCCUGACAAGACUUUCACCCAGCCUGAUGGACCUAGAGUUUCGGGGAACAGUGGAAGCUCGAGGAUGGGUCGACGUAUCUCAGGAAAUGGAAAAUGCAAUGGUAGUGGGACUGGUAUUGGGCACUGCACCAGAACAAUUGUUUAAGCAAGCGGAACGAGAGGUGAUAUGGGCAGCAUGUCAACGGGCGAAAAUGGAGAUGGAGAGGAUGGAGGUGCGAGUGGAACUUGGGGAUAGGGGAAAUAUGAGGCGGCCCCUUACGACAAUGAGGCAAGGUAAAGAAAUGGCGACUGAGGAAGGGAUCGACGACCUGCAGAGCGGAGGGAAUCAGGGCACGAAUGGGGAUGGGGAACGAAACGAGGGAUCGGCCAGGGAUCGAGAGUCAACCAAAUUGGAAGGAACCCGAGAAGACGGAAAGGACGCCUCAACUGGAGAAAGCUCGGGAAAAGUUGGGGGUAGCAAAAGGGGACCUCAGGACAACAGGGAAGGCGGAAACGAUAUGAGAAUAAGCCGUCGGAACUCAGCAGGAGCCACCCCUAAAAAGACAAAAGUCUUGGAUGCCAGUUGUAAAUUGGCAAAAAUAGAAAAGCAGACUGCAGAAUUUAAGGCAAGGCUUAUCGAGCAGAUGAUGGCCGAGGAUGAGGAGGACCCCCAGGGCGCAGGGUCACGUGAGGGACACAGGACCGGUCAGGACGAGGCCAAGUAUGAGGGGAGGGACAAUAGCCACAAAGGAACGCCUAGCAAGAAGGGGAAGGACAAGAACGACCCCCCGGCGGAGGGGACGAAAAACGCUAUGUCCCCCCCUGCCAUCGACAGCGGCACUAGCCGACUGCCAGCCACGCCGAAAGUAACAGGGGUGUGCGACGGACUCUGGAGCCUUAGGGAAAGGGUGUUAGGAUGGUUUGACCCAGAAGGAACGCCGAAAACCAGGGAGAAGCAGAGGGAAAGCAAGGAAGGGGAAGGGACCAGUGCAGCUGGAGAAGCGGGUAGCUCCGAAGGUGGUCUCAAGAGGAUAGUCACCACCCUCACCCGGGCACUAAACAAGAACCAGGGAUACCUCGCAGAUGCAAAGAAGAAACUCACGUUCGAUGGGGCAAACAUUACGGAGUUUCUGAUAGACUAUGAGAACCUAGCAGCCUUAUUAAAAUGGACGGAAGAGGAAAAGAUGGAGCACCUAGGGCAGCACGUGUCGCUGAGCUUGGGAAGGGACAUUAUGGCCAUCGUCGCGUCGAGUGGAUCCUGGAAAGAAACCAGGAACGAUAUGAUGAGGAAAUACCUGAAGGCAGAGAAAAUGGCAACAGAGGCCGAAUUAGUCGCAGUCCAGAGGAAAAACUAUGCGACUUACAACGAUUUCCUAAGGGCAUUUACGUUAGUGGCGCUGCAAAUUCCCGGGGUAACGGACCACAUAAUGAGUAAAUAUUUCCUCAGGCAAUUCUCCGAGUUUGAUAAGGAUAAGAUUUUGUCAGCAUACCAGCAGACCAGCAAGUUUGAAUAUACAAGGGAUGUGGAUUUCAGUACGGUAACAGAUCUUGCAGAGAAGACAGUGGUAACGGAGACCCUGGCCUUGCUUAAGGAAGGGGAGAUUAUAGACCUGACCGGGAAAACGGGGGAUAAGGUGCAAGUAUCCCGACCCGCCCUCCCACCUCAAGAAGCCGUGGUCCCGGCAGCUGUAGCAAACCGGGGAUUUGGCAGGAGGGACCCGACCAACGAACAGUGCAAGUAUUGCACCGUGAUUGGGCAUUUCGUACGGGCGUGUCCGAGACUCAAUCACGAUAUCGAGCGGCAGAGGUGCAGCAGGUCCCUCAAAGGCGAGAUCCUCGGACCCAGGGGAGAGCGUGUCAAUUGGAACUCGCCAGGAGGGAUGCGGCGAGCCGUAAUCCUCCUGAAUAACUUAGAAAUAGUUGUCGUAGAAGCAGAGUCGAUAGUCGAGAUUGUCUGGGACCAGCCAAGGGGACGGGGACCGCAGGCCAAUUUUAUCCUAGAAGGCAAUGGGCAGGAUAGGGUAAAUAUCACUACCCGACGGGCUGGCGAGGAAAAGAAGCUCAUCCGAGACACAGCAAUGGAAGAAGUCGUGGGGGCUCGUGCGGAUCAGGAGGAAGCGGAGGCCGGGGAACAGGAGAAGGUCUAUGGAAAAACGAGGGAAGAGGAACCGGUAGACAAAGCCACAGCGGCAAAAAAGAAGUUCAGAUACCAGAUUCCGAUUCUGACGCUGCCCGAAUUAGAUGACACACUGAGCAAACUCCUGGGCACCAUGGUGUUAGUAUCCUUCCAGACCAUGUUGCAGGCAAGCCCGAGACUGCUCAAGGGCCUCAGGCAGCUAUUGACGCGGAGACGUGUAGAAGUAGAGGAGGCUCUGGAACCACAAGAACAAGGACCCGAGGAGGCAGAGGCACCACAAGGAGUCUCUAACCUCCAAAGCAUUGCAGGGGGCUUGGAAGACUUGGAAAAAGCCUUUGUCGAUAUUCGUCUGAGUCUGCCGGACCGAGAAGGUGGCGAAGUAAUGAGAGCACCGCCCGGCACUAAACUUAGCUUCCACGCACUGCCUGUAGGAAAACUUAAAGUCCAGGUCGAAAACCACCACACCGAUGCAUUAGUGGACGGCGGCGCAAAAAUUACCCUCGUACAACGGGAUUUCGCAACGAUCACGAGGUGCACAGUAAACAAGGAAGUAGCAGGGAGUAUCAGGGGAGGAGGCGGAGAAAUUCCCUUCACUGGGUAUGUUACCAAAUGCGCGGUCAGGGCAGGAAUUCGGGAAUCCAUCUGGUAUUUCCAACGGAUGACCGUCAUGGAAGAAAUGGACCAUGACAUAAUUCUCGGGAGACCAUGGUGCGCCAAUGUAGAAAUGAUUGGCAUACACCUGCAUGAUGGCACAUAUAUGGUAGACAUAGAGGAUCCGGUGACUGGUCGCGAAGAACUUCUCCGACUCCUCGGAACUGGAGGGGACCCUCCCAAGGGUAAGUUAGCAACCUGGUCGCCGACGUUUGAAGAAAGCGCGCGGAAAGGCGCAUUCGCACGGAUGCAAGGCAUGAGAGAAAGAGUAGAAAUCAUGAUUGAGGAAGUCUUUAGCAAGAAGGAGUGGAUCAAGAUGGGUUUACCCCUGAAGAAGAGGAGGCAAGAGGACGAGGGCCUGAAAGUUAUGGUGGCAGAAAAAGAGUCGGAAGUCGAGCUUGGGGCCAGCCUGCCCAAACCAAAGGAAGGCCGGAACGAAACGUCGGAGGUGGUGCUUGAAAUCUCAGAUUUGCUACAACUCAUUAAGGCCAUCAGGAAGCCCAAUAAGACGCUCAAGUGGAUCCAGGACCUGCAGAAGCUCAAUGCGGUAACAAUUAGGGACACAGGCUCGCUUCCACAGGCCGAGUUGUUGGCAGAGCCUCAUGCGGGGCGGAGCAUUUACUCCCUGGUUGACUUGUACUCAGGAUAUGAUCAGUUGCCGCUCGACGCGAGGGAUAGACCGUACACCGCAAUGCACACCUCUGUAGGACAGUUGCAGAUGCAAGUGACCCCUAUCGGUUUCACAAAUGCGGUAGCAGAGGCUCAGAGGAGGAUGUUCGCCGUCACAGGGGAUAUGUUUCCAGAGAAGUGUGAACCGUAUAUAGAUGAUAAUCCCGUAAAAGGCACAAGGACGAGACAGCGGUCGAGCCAGAACUACAAGCCUAUAGAUCCGACCGUUGGCAGAUGGAUAGGCUUCAUAUGGCAAUUCGACUAUAAGGUCGAGCGAAUUGCAGGGCUUCGAAAUAGGGCAGAUGGGCUGAGCAGGGUAUGCAUCACGCCAAAAGGAGUAGAGGACGAGGAACCAAUUCACGCCUUCCUGGAGUAUGAAGGAGGGACCCUUGUUGUGGAUAAUGAGAUGGCAGAUCCAACAAUUACAACAGAACUCAGGGAAGGACCAGUCACCACGGUCAGGCGCAAAGAGGAAAAGGACUCGUGGGGAGCAGAAGUUGGGGCCAGAGAGGAACUGAUGGCAAUGGUCGUGGAAGGGGGACGGGACGCCGUGAUGACAUUGGCCGAAACUUGGGCACAGAAGGAAUGCCAGUACCUAGUCAACCAGACCUGGGAAGAGCAGGAUACGGAUCGGAAGGAACAAGAGUUCUUCCUCAUACAGAUGUAUGAGAGCGUCUUUAGAGAAAUCGGUCUGCUGCUUGUAGGGAACAAACAACCCUCGGAAGUCAGCUCCAAGGCAAGGGAGGAAGCUGAGAAGUAUGUCUUAAGAAAUGGCCACCUGUUUAAGAAAGAGGAAGGGAUGACGCCUAGGCGAGUCGUUUGUGGGAGGUCUAGGCAGCUGGACGUUAUUCAGGCAAUGCAUGAUGGGCUAGCUGGAGGUCACCGAUCGUCAAAGGGGAGACUUGUAAAGAUUGUGCCCCUGUAUUUCUGGCCAGGAAUGGCAGGCAUGGUCGCAACGUACUGUCAAACGUGUCUGAUAUGUCAAGAGAGGAGCUCCGUACGGGUUUACGAGCCCCUUAGGCCCACUCGGGUACUGGGACCCGGACACCUUGUUCACCUCGAUCUUGCGGUUAUGCCCGUAUCGACGAAUGGGUUUAGAUACAUCUUGGAUGCAAGGGAUAACCUCAGUGGCUACGUAGAGGCCGUAGCUCUCAAGAGGAAGACAGGAAAAGCAGUGGCCGAUUGGGUGGAAGACUUCUACCUAAGACACCCCUUCGUGCGCAGGUUUAUAGCAGAUAAUGGGACAAAGUUCGUUAACCAGGAGGUGUCGAACAGGCUUAAGAUAUUGUGCGUACCAAUCAAGAUUACUGAGCCCUACCAUCCUAAGGCAAAUGCACCAGUAGAAAGGGGCCACCGGACCAUGAAAAACACAAUCGCUAAGCUUGCAGCAGACAACUUGGGGAACUGGCCACGGUACCUUAAGCAGGCAGUCUUCUCUGAGAACAUGACACCAAAGAGAACGACGGGAUGCAUUCCAGCGGAGUUAUGGUAUGGAAGGGAGAUUGACUUCCCAGUGGAGGCCCUCGUCCCAACUUGGAUUAUAUUAGACGAUAAUCCGCACUUGACCACGGAGGAGUUAAUCACCGCACGUUGCCAGCAGGUCGCCAGGAAUGAGGAGGCAUGGGAGGAAGUAGUUAACCGUGUAACGGAUAGCCGAAUGAAGGAUAAAGCAAGGUGGGACCAGGUCAAGAAUAUUCGGAAAGAGCCACUCCAGGUGGGGGAGAAAGUGUUGGUUAGAAACUCGGCUCUUGAAAGCACAUGGUCUGGGCAACUGGGAAAGAGAUUCAAAGGGCCUUACAGGAUCGCUAAGCGGGUGGGACUGAAUACGUUCGAACUUGAGGAUCUUGAUGGUACUAGCAUAAGAGGACCAUUUCCGGGACAGAGAUUGGCCAGAUUUUUUAGCAGGGAUCCUGUGGAACAAUGGUUACAAGAAGCCCAGGACAGAGAAACUGGGGAACUGACAGCCUGAAAGGCAGGCAACUGGCUAUAAGUUCUGGACCGCCUCCCUGGGGAAGUGAUCAUGACCACAGGGAUUGUUCUUUUGUGUGUCUUGCUUUUUGUGGAACGAGGGGAGACUGCCUGGGCUGACUGUGAUUGGGCUUGGGAGCACGGCACAGUGUAGUAUAGUUUUUGUGGGGUAACGCUGGGGACUGUCUACACGAGGUAUUGAGUUGGGACAAUGUACCAUAGUUUUUGUGGGGUGAUGCUGUGGACUGCCUACAUGGGGCACCUAUGUGUUGGGACAAUGUGUCGAGGGUUCUAAGGGAUAAUGAGACUACCAACUAUAUGGGGUCAAGCAAGAGUUCUAGGGAAGCCUCCAAAAGCUGCAAAUGGGAGUGGAAGGGAAUGCGUGUGUAUGAGGGGUACCGUGACUGUUAUGUAUGAACAGGGCCAAGCAAGAAGAAGAAAGACAACAAGGAAACAAAAAAAUGGAGUUUGGGAAUGAAAAUGACAGCAAUGC